CCCUAACCAAGACAACAACAACUAGAGUCGCACAAUCACACAAAGCACCAGCAGCAGCAGCAGCAAACGCAACAAAUAAUAACAUGCAGGCGAUUAAGUGUGUCGUCGUGGGUGAUGGUGCUGUGGGUAAGACAUGCCUGCUCAUCAGCUAUACGACAAAUGCGUUUCCCGGCGAGUAUAUUCCCACCGUCUUUGACAACUAUUCCGCCAAUGUUAUGGUUGACGCAAAGCCCAUCAAUUUGGGCUUGUGGGAUACGGCUGGUCAGGAGGAUUAUGAUCGCUUGCGGCCAUUGUCGUAUCCACAGACUGAUGUCUUCCUCAUUUGCUUCUCGCUGGUGAAUCCAGCCUCGUUCGAGAACGUGCGAGCCAAAUGGUAUCCAGAGGUGCGUCAUCAUUGCCCUAGCACACCAAUCAUAUUGGUGGGCACCAAGCUGGAUUUGCGCGACGAUAAGAAUACAAUUGAGAAGCUGCGCGACAAGAAGCUAGCGCCCAUCACAUACCCACAGGGUUUGGCCAUGGCAAAGGAAAUUGGAGCUGUUAAAUAUUUGGAGUGCUCGGCACUGACGCAAAAGGGCCUGAAGACCGUCUUCGAUGAGGCUAUUAGAUCGGUGCUCUGUCCCGUUCUGCAGCCCAAAUCCAAGCGCAAAUGCGCUCUGCUUUAAUUUUAAGACGCACACACACACUAAUACACACACACACACACAUAGAACACCCACGAAGCAUUGUAUUUGUAUUUGUCGUCAAGUCUAUUUAAUAACGUAAUAUUAUUAACUAAUAACAAUUGUGUAAAAUAAGCAGCAAGAGCAGCCGCAGCAGCCAGCACGUUGAUAAUAGGAGGAGAAUGAGUCCAGUAAUUGGAACUGGAAUCUACGUCAAGCUGCCUCUAUUUUCUGCUUUGU